AGGCCCCACGCCGCCCGCCGAGGGCCGCGCGGCCGCCGGCCCGCAGGGCCCCGCAGGUGCCGACCUGGAGCGCGAGAGGGAGUUGCACAGACUGCGGCGCGAGCUCCGCAAGGCCGACGAGAAGGUCAACUGGUUCCGGAACCAGGUCAUCGCGCUCCAGCAGCAGGUGUCUUCCAUGGGCACGCCCGUCAUGGGGGCGAGCACGGCGGCGGCCAUGCCAGAGGAGCUGGAGAGGCUCCGCGCGGAGGUGGCGCGCCAUCGCACGGAGUUGGCCGACGAGCGGGCCGAGAAGGAGUCGCUGCGCUCGCAGCUGCGGGAGGCCCAGGACCGUGCCGGCGCCUCCGAGCGCGAGCUGGCCGGGGUCCGCAGGGAGCUGGCCUCCGCGCGCAGCUGGGAGCAGGAGGGCCGCAUGGCCGACCUCGACCGCGAGCUGGCGGCCGUGCGCGCGGAGCUGGCCGCCGCCCGGUGGGCGCGCCGGCCGUGCCCUCGGCGCUGUAUCCGCAGCGGGCCGCCGGGGACGCCGGCAGCCCCCUGCGGCAGAGGGGCGACGGCUCGCCCCAGCCCAGCGGCGGGCUCUCCCCGGAGGUGCCCCGCCCGCCUCGGGCGCGGUGGGCUGGGGACCCGCUGGACCCGUGCGCGAGCCCCGGGGGCCCGAGGCGAGCGCUGGUGGUCGGCUGCGACUACCCGGGCAAGGUGGGCGCGCUGCGGGCGGGCGUUGCGGACGCCCAGCAGUGGGCCCGCUUCUUCAGCAAGCGCUGUGGGCUCCCCGAGCACGGCAUCCGGAUGCUGUCCGACGACCCCUCGCAGUAGACGCAGCAGCCCCGCCCAGACUGCAUCCUGUCUACGCAUGACAACGUGCUGCGGGGGCUCCACUGGCUCACCGCCCAGAGCGCCCCCGGCGACCAGCUGUUCUUCGUCUUCUGCGGGCACGGGGCGCAGCUUCUGUCCGCCGAUGUCGGCGGCGCCGCUACCUCGCCUGGGGCGCACUCGCGGCGGUCCUGCGAGUGCGCGCUGCUGCCCACCGACGCGGUGGACGGCGGCGAGCGACCUCGCGUGGUGGCCGACACGGACGUGCAUCGGGCGCUUCUGGCGCUGCCUCACGGUGUGCACGCCACGCUCGUGUACGACAGCUGUCACGCUGGGCGGCCGCUUGACCGGUCUGGCUGGAACUUCCUCGAGGACUACGUGAGCCGCGGGCGAGUGGAUCAUGACAAGCUGCGGGGGCACCCCGUGUUGCCCCGCUUCCUGGAGCUGCCGCAGUGGCAGCCGCGCCCGCCGCCGGCCGACGGCGGCAGGGAGUCGCAGCUGCGCUGCCAGGCGGCGCAGUGGUCCGCCUGCGCCAACGACCAGUUCUGCGUGGAGCUGCCCGUGGACGAGCGCCCGCGAGGUGUGUUCACCUACAUCCUGAUCAGCGCGCUGCUCAAGGCGGGUCCGCGGGCGCCAGGCCGACAGCUGCUGCGAGAGGCCCGGGAUCUGACCGCACAGCUGAAGGCUCGCUGGAGGCUGCAGCAGGACCCGCAGCUGGUGCACAGCCAGUCCUCCUCGGACGCUCAGCCCUUCCUGAGCUGAUCCCGCCCUCGCGCAGGUGGCGCGCAAGUGCCGAUGCGGAGAUGGCGAGCGGGAGAA